CCUCCUUUCCUCCAUGCGCGUGGUCGAAGCCAAUCCACGGGCGACCCUUAGGUCGCGUGACUGAGAAGUCCGCUCCGCCCCCGGGAGCCGUCAAAACAAUUACCUCGAGCGGCAGCCAUGAUGAAUUUAAAGGGGCAGUACCGGCAAGGGCGGCAGCCAGACCGACAGACUGCGGGUGAGUCCGUGAGGGUACCUCCGGGACUGAGGCUUGGGGUCCCGCUACUUCUUUUCCGCACUCCACGACAGAUGAACAACCCCCCACCAGCAGAUCUCACACAAGUCCAGACAGACUGAAAAACUCCGCCCCCCCGCGAUUCUUCCCGCCCCUCGGCGUCCAGACAGACAGACAGACGGCCUGCCCCGCCCCCUGCUCUACCGACGGACUCAUCGACCUCGGGAUUCUCAGGUCCCUGGGUCUUCGCUCGUGACGCGGACCUCCGCCGCCCACCCGCACCUCUCCCCCGCGCCCCCGCCCAUCUCAUUCUGUCCCCACCCUGGGCCCCAGGGCAGGUCGACAGGCUGGGUCACUUCUCCGACCGCUUUCCCAGGCGGGGAGAUCAACUCCCAGCGCAGUGUUUCCCUGUAACCCUGCAGCCGCUCUGUAGACCUGCCAUUCUUCCCUGCAUCAUCAGGCGUCUGAGAGGCACCCUAAGGUGACUUCUCUCAGAGCCUGUUAGUAGGUGGUCAUGACAGAGACAAAGCCAUGAAAGUGAAUGGGUCAGGAGUGACCAGGUCUUUCUCCUCACCCUUUCCCAGACACGCCCCUUGCCGCAGAUCUCAGAUCAAGUCUCACUCCCUUCUUGGGAGAAAAUAGCUCCCCAGGCCUAGGGUGGGACGUUGGCUCCGGGAAGGAAGAGGGACACACUGGUCGCCUUUGAAGGCCUGUAGGUAGAGAGAGGGAGGGUGCUUGCCCUGAGUAGGGCUCUGUGCCAGGUCCUCUGGGUGGCUGUGAGGUGGUGAGAGAAGGGGUGGGAACGCUGGACUUCUGGACUUUGGGCAGGGCAGAUCCUUGUGAGUCCCUGGCUACUGAAAGAGUUUUUUCCGGGCUCUGGCCUGAGCGCCACAGCCGAGGGUUCUGCUCUGUGUACCUACUGCCCAGGCAAGGUCCCCGUGGCCAAGAUGUCAGGCCUGGUGUUGGGGCAGCGGGAUGAGCCUGCAGGGCACAGGCUCAGCCAGGAGGAGAUCCUGGGAAGUACCCGGCUGGUGAGCCAAGGGCUGGAGGCCCUACACAGUGAACAUCAGGCUGUCCUGCAAAGUCUGUCCCAUACCAUCGAGUGUCUGCAGCAAGGAGGCCAUGAAGAAGGGCUGGUGCAUGAGAAGGCUCGGCAGCUGCGACGUUCCAUGGAGAACAUCGAGCUGGGGCUGAGUGAGGCCCAGGUGAUGCUGGCUUUGGCCAGCCACCUGAGCACAGUGGAGUCGGAGAAACAGAAACUGCGGGCUCAGGUACGGCGGCUGUGUCAGGAGAACCAGUGGCUCCGGGACGAGCUGGCGGGCACCCAGCAGCGGCUGCAGCGUAGUGAACAGGCUGUGGCUCAGCUGGAGGAGGAAAAGAAGCACCUGGAGUUCCUGGGGCAGCUGCGACAGUAUGACGAGGACGGGCACACCGCGGAAGAGAAGGAGGGUGAUGCCACCAAGGAUUCCCUGGAUGAUCUCUUCCCCAAUGAGGAGGAAGAAGACCCCAGCAAUGGCUUGUCCCGUGGCCAGGGUGCCCAGCACAGCGGAUACGAGAUCCCGGCGAGGUUACGGACACUGCACAACUUGGUGAUCCAGUAUGCUGCCCAGGGUCGCUAUGAGGUGGCUGUGCCUCUCUGCAAGCAGGCACUGGAGGACUUGGAGCGCACAUCUGGCCGCGGCCACCCUGAUGUCGCGACCAUGCUCAACAUCCUUGCUUUGGUGUAUCGGGACCAGAAUAAGUAUAAGGAAGCUGCCCACCUGCUGAAUGAUGCCCUCAGCAUCCGGGAGAGCACCCUGGGCCGGGACCACCCUGCAGUGGCUGCCACACUCAACAAUCUGGCUGUGCUCUAUGGCAAGAGGGGCAAAUACAAGGAGGCAGAGCCACUGUGCCAACGUGCACUGGAGAUUCGAGAAAAGGUCCUAGGCACUGACCACCCAGAUGUGGCAAAGCAGCUGAACAACCUGGCCCUGUUGUGCCAAAACCAGGGCAAGUACGAGGCCGUGGAGCGCUAUUACCGGCGGGCACUGGCCAUCUAUGAGGGGCAGCUGGGGCCGGACAACCCUAAUGUAGCCCGGACCAAGAACAACCUGGCUUCCUGUUACUUGAAACAGGGCAAAUAUGCUGAGGCUGAGACACUCUACAAAGAGAUCCUGACCCGGGCCCACCUGCAGGAGUUUGGGUCUGUGGACGAUGACCACAAGCCCAUCUGGAUGCAUGCAGAGGAGCGGGAGGAAAUGAGCAAAAGCCGGCACCGAGAGGGCGGCACACCCUAUACUGAGUAUGGAGGCUGGUACAAGGCUUGCAAAGUGAGCAGCCCCACAGUAAACACCACUCUGAGAAACCUAGGAGCUCUGUACAGGCGCCAGGGAAAGCUGGAGGCAGCCGAGACCCUAGAAGAAUGUGCCCUGCGCUCCCAGAAACAGGUCAGUGACCAGGAGGGGAUAGGGAAGGAGGUCCGGAAGGUAGGCCCUGGGGAUGGGGGACCACUGACACUUCUUGUGAAUCUCAGAAGAUUAAGAGGAGAGGCUGAGGAGGAAGCCGAGGAAAGGAAGGUGAGACACUCUGUGACUGUGGUUAUUUUUAAGUGUGUUCUCACCCUUUCACCUGCCCUUUAUGGUCAGGACUCCAAGUUCGAGGUUCAUAUCACUAAAUGGGACUAUUGUGAGGGAAGCUGUGUGGGGCGCCUGGGUGGCUCAGUUGGUUGAGUGUCUAACUCUUGGUUUUGGCUCAGGUCAUGAUCUCACAGUUCAUAUGAUCGAGCCCUGCGAUGGGCUCUGUGUUGACAGCACAGAGUCUGUUUGGGAAAAAAAGCAGACUUAGGGAAAAGAAAAAAAAAGGAAACCAUGUCCUUUCACAAUUUGAAGAAUCUACUGAGGAGGGGCAUAGGUGGUGUGAGUGAGGGAGUUGAGGUUGAGGGGAGCCCAAAGUCAGAGUUUCUCAAAUUGUGGGUUGUGACCCAUUAGUGUGUUUUUAAAAAAAAAUUUUUUAGUGUUUAUUUUUGAGAAUGAGAGAGACAGAGUGCAAGCAGGGGAGGGGCAGAGAGAGAGGGAGACACAGAAUCUGAAGCAGGCUCCAGCCUCCAAGCUGUCAGCACAGAGCCCCAGGUGGGGCUUGAACUCACAGAGCGCAAGAUCAUGACCUGAGCUGAUGUCGACCUGAGAUCAUGACCGACUGAGCCACCCAGGCACCCCUCAUUAGUAUUUUUUUUCUUUUAAAGUUUAUUU